AUGCAAUGCCUAAAUUUACUGGAACAGUGGGGAUUGUCGAAAUUUGCCCAAAACUUCAUUGAUGAAGGGAUAACAGAUGACAGUUUCAGUUUGUUGGAUGACAAAACAAUACAGGAGCUCUUUGAUAAGGCAGGACCCAGACUCAUCUUCAAACAAAAGUAUAAUGGAUACUUGUCAAGUGAAGGGCAUCAUGGGACAACUGAGGGAACAGGUCAAAGUCAUGAUCAGCAAUCAAUUUAUAUACCAGGUCCAAGUGGGUGCAGUACUCCAGUAGAUACUUCAUCAGCAUCUGAUUUUUAUGUAUUUGAACCAGAUAAAGAACUACUGAAAAUAUUGGAUGAGACAGACAACCCCCCUGUGAAGAAAAUCAGAAGAUCAUCAGUAUUCUCAACUGAUGGGCUAGAGGAAUUACUCACGAAAUCAACAGAUGGUAGAGUUAUACUCAUGAACCGACACAAACUAAAUAAUGACAUGCGUCAAAAACUCAGCAAACUAAUCAUAAAUGAUUUGUUUUCUAGAGAAGAAUGUACUGAAAUAAAGAGAGAUACAUUCAUGAAAGCAGCUGAUGAAAUUAUAAAUUUAUUUCCUGGUGAACAACGUGAAACUUCUUAUAUUCCAUACUGCUCAGCAAAAACAGGUUUACGGAUGCCUGCACGGGGAAAGCUUUGGUCAAAAUAUGUCAAUAUCAAAGCAGCACUGAGGAUUGCUAAUCAAUCCCUAUUGUCCAGGGAAAUAAUAAUGACAAGGAGAACAGUGCAGUAAAUACAUCAAUGGACAACAGUGAAGAAAUUGAAGCGAAAUUGAAUUUUUUGAAGGCAGGCAUUGAACCCAAGAAUCAAGUAAUUAGUGCCUGGGAAACAACAUUCAAACGUAGAUAUCAGUUAUAUUACAAUGAUAACAAAACUAAUAACUUGUAUGAAAUAUUUACCUGUUUGAAGACUGAUAUUGCUUUGGAAUUGGUGAGUGAUAUUGUAUAUAUUUCUGUGAUCACCACUGUCAAUAUUUUUCUAUAUCUAUCCAAAUUUCAUUUCAUUUCUGUUUCAGCUGGAAAUUGAUUUCAACCAUAUAUAUCCUGAAAAAAUUGACAUAAUAUAUCAGACUGGCCAAAAGUUAUAGAUGCUAUAUGUGAUGAAGCAAAGGACAGGAAAAUGGAAUUGCCAAAUGUUGCUGAUAAACCCACACAGGCCAUGCUUAUACUUCCAUUCUUGUUCAAUCCCAUCACACUAAAGAAAAACUCUAAGGACCCAAAUAAGAACUGGAGACCCACAAGAACAGAAAUACAGCAUAGUUUUUUUUUCAGGCCCAGGAUACUCAGGAGCAGUUGCAGAUUAUAAAUCGAAGAAAGGCUCUACUCGAUAAGUACAACUUCCCACUACAGCCUUUUGGAAUCAUCUCAGGAACUGACUAUCUUAUAAUCUUCAAUGAGGUAACCUAUAAAUGCACAUCUUGCAUUCGUAUGAUAGAAUUGCUGUUCAAAACUAUACAUGCCCUAAAUUUGGAAUAUCCAUGUGAAUCAAAACAUACAUGGAAUUUUAUACAGGAGCUGGUUUUCCUAAUGAAUGUAACUAAUAAAUCUUGGAGUACAUCAGCAGUCAUUAGUGAUAUAAAAUUCCAUUUCAAAGAUGAAAAGUGUGAUGGAAUUAUAAAAAAUGCCUUCCUGUUGAUAUUGUCAUAAUCGUUUUACCACAAUAAAAUCAUUGAUAAGUCAUCUAAAACACUUUCACCAUCUAGAAAGCAACUCAAUAUAUACAUGUGGAGAUACUGGAUGUUGCAGAGAUUUUACUUCCCUGAACUCUUUUAGGAGACAUUUGAGAAUCCAUAAUGAUGAUGUUACACCAGAAACACUGAUAUCAAAUAUUGAUAAUUCCACGAUGUCCUCAAAGUGUUCAAUGAUACAAGAAUACUAUCAAGAAUCUACAAAUAAUAAAGAUACAAACUUUGAAACACACACAGACAAAGAUGCUAAUAAUAAAACUUCGAAUAGAACAAUGGUCAUCGAGGAAUUCCAGAGUAUUAUAAAAGAUAAUGCAACACAGUUAGUUAUUCAAUUAUAUGCCGAUUCUUCGCUUGAUAGGAAAAUUGUUCAAACUUUUGUUGACUCUGUGCAACAAUUAUUAGAUAGACCAAUAACAAC